AAGUGAAAGCAAUGGGUCACAUUAUAAAGCGCUACACAAAGAUUCCUAUCACAACCUCGAAUUCAAUAAAACUACCAGAUGAGCAAAGACCUAAAGUGGUGAUUGCUGAGGGCAAUAAAACGUCUAUAGAAUACAACAGUUCCUUCAAAUUAACUUGCAAAGUGACAGCUUAUCCCAAGCCUAAAAUAACUUGGUACAACCAAAAGGGAGUUUCAUUGCCUUCCAAAAGUUCUAUGAUUAAUCAUCCGACGGACUACAUAAGUUACCUGGAAAUUGCAAUCGCAGUAAACGAUAGGUACAUGUGCCAUGCAGUUAAUGACGCUGGAAUGGGUAAUGCAAGAAUUACGGUCAACGUAAUGUCGCCAUUAACUGCAAGUAAUACUAUUCGCAAUGUAAAAGUGGAAUAUGGCAAGUCGAAAGUCCUAAAAUGUGAAAUAGAAUCAAAAUUUCCUAAAAAAACCAAUUGGUAUCAUAAAAAUGAAAUUUCUGGAGAGAAAAACAAAGUAAUUGAUUCUGACGACUACUCACUAUCAGCGGACAAAACGGAAUUAACAAUAAAUAAAAUGGAUUCUCAUUUAGAAGGAACAUAUAUCUGCUCUGCUUACUUAGUUAACAAUAAAAGUAUUAGAAAGGAGUCAACGGUGGGAGUUCAAAUGACUGGUUCGGCUGUACCUAAAGUAGAUAUACCGAAAGUGGAUAUAACUAAAGUAGAUAUACCUAAAAUAGAUAAACCUAAAGUAGACAUACCUAAAAUAGAUAAACCUAAAGUGGAUAUAGACAAACUUGAUUACGUAAGAACGGUCAAGGGUACAACUGCCGUCUUAAAAUGCAAGUUGACUGGUAUACCAAAAUCAGCCAUCGCAUGGCAAUUUGGAGGUAAAUCUGGUUCCAAGUUUGAACCACUGGGUGAAACUGGAAGUGUGCUACGUAUUAAUAAUGUAGAAGCCAAACACGAGGGUCAGUACAAGUGUGUGGCAAAAAUGGGUAUACAUGAGGAUGAAAAAGUCACAACUUUAAUCGUACAAGAUAUACCAAAAAUAUUAUCGCGUAGGUCUAUAAUAUACCAAGCUUUUGAGGGAGACGCUGAUUUGAAGAUACCAUGCGUCGCCGUUGGAGAGCCAAAACCAAUCAUCACCUGGAAAGUAGACGGUCGGCCCAUUGCAGUGCCAAAUUCCAAGUAUGUGGUAGAAGAUGGAGCACUCGUUAUAAAAUAUCCGAAAUUAGCAGAUACCAAGUCGUAUGCAUGUGUAGCUACAAAUGCGAUCGGCUCAGAGACCGCAACAUUCAAAACAAUCAUACGACAGAAACCAGAAUUACUAGGAGUUGACCCCAAGAAGACUAACCUCGGAAAGUCCGUUGGGAAAACAUGCAGUGCAAAACCAAGAGUGAAGACAACGUGGUUCGCAAAUCGUCCGAAUGGUGAACAUGCUAAAAAGUUUAAAAACAAAAAAGAAACGCUGUCGUCGCUGCAAGUGUGCGAAAAAAAAUGAAGCUAUAAUUUAACUUCUGAAUUAAUCAUGUUAAUUUUUUUAAUAAUAAUUGCUAUUAA